CUCCAGACGCUGUCCCUUCCCAGCUUCUGUAGUGGAACUCGGGAAAAGAAACAGAGAAAGAGAAGUAACGGAGGAGGAAGAUGAAAAGGAGAAGCUGACCGGAAGAAGGGUUGAGCCAUUUUCAUCUGUUGAUGGAGGUAUUCCUCCAUUAAACUUGAUGUAAUUUCCUGAAAUUGGAAGUUAGGGCUCUUGGGCGAAGUUUUGGUGGUUAGAAUUUGAGAUGAAGAAAGAUGGUUUAGUGUUCUAUCAUCAGUAUUUAAGGUUUCCCAUCUCCAGCCGAUCAUGAAUGCUUUCCGUUUCCAUAAGCUUUCUGUCUUUGAUUGUGUGAUGAAUGUUCGUUCAAAAUUUCUCAACUGUGUGGCCAUAUAAGCAUCUCGAUUAUGUGUUCCUUGAGGUGUGUAAUGUCGUCAUGUCGUGCCUGACUGACACUUUCCCUUUAGGUGUUCGAUAGAAGGCUGGACUGGAUGUAGAUGAACCCAUACAUUAGUUUCGCUUGUUGUUAGUAACAGGCAGGUUCAGGGGAGUAAGAUAAAGAGUGAACAAUUGGGAAGCAUGGAUGCCGCCAUUCAUCUAAAAGACAUUGUCCCUGCCGCUCAGAACAACAUAACCACAAUGUUCAUAUUGUUGGAGAAAAGCAGAAUUAAGAUAAAAGGGGAAAGCAAGACGUGCAUGGCGCUGGUGGCUGAUGAGACUGCGGCCGUGCACUUGGAGCUAUGGGGCGAGGACUGUGAUGCUUUUGAGGCUGGAGACAUUAUCAGAUUGGAGAAGGGGAUCUUCUCCAAUAGCGGGGACGGCAACAAGAUGAAUCUGAAGGCAGGGAGGAGGGGAAGGAUAAAGAAGAUGGGGGAAUUUACGAUGGCGUUUGUGGAGACGCCCAACAUGAGUGAACUUCAAUGGGUGGUUGAUCCCAACAAUCCGAAAAAGUACAUCCAGCUAGCUGUUCUGUCUCCCCAUUCGCGAGUAUUCCCUCCUCUGCCUUAGCUCUCGGCUGUGUUACUUCUACAUUGGUUUGUGAAGAAUAACAUGCAGUCUCUUGGUAUAUUGAAAUUUUCGAGAAAAGGGAUCACUUUAUGUGAUUCGGGUGGUCUUUUCUGAACUCAAAAUGCAGACUCAAGGCAAGGGACGCAGCAAGCCCAAUCUGGCAUUUGAUCUGUUGUAGUAAAAUUCAUCAAUAACCCUAUCUGUUUUUGCCAUCGCUUACAAGCGCCGCCACCAUUGAAGGCCGCCAAGCCGCAUAGUUCAACUCAUUAAGGGUAAAUGAAUGAAGAAUUCUCGUGAAAGAUCCAGUGAUGGUCAUGGUAGUGGCGGUAGCUGGACUGACUAAGUGCGUGUUUUGGUUCUUCUAUCUCGAUUCAGUCAUGGGUUCUAGACCGAAUCAAACCGUUGCACGUAAUAUAUGAAACUAAAAUAA